CAGCACUAGGAGAUCUGAAAUCUAAUCGCAUGCACCAUACCUCCAGGAUAUUUUUUUAAAUUACAUAUAUAAACCCGCCGGCAGGCAGCCGCGCUCGCAGCCGCACACACACACACACAUAUAUACAUCCACACGCCGGCAGAGCCGCCAGCACCCGCACAGCAGCUGAGCAAACACCUUGCCUCUUCCCGCAGGAUAUACCCGCUCACACACAUCUCUCUUCAUCUCCUCCUGGCUUCCCGGAGGAUCGCGCCGGCUGUUUUCCAUGGAGAAAGUCCAGGGAGAAAUGGAGAUUGAGAGAUGGGAAAGAAGUGAAGAGAUUUCAGACGCAGAAAAAAAGGUUAUUCAAGAGACAUGGAGCAGAGUAUAUGCAAACUGCGAGGACGUUGGGGUCUCCAUACUCAUCAGGUUUUUUGUCAACUUCCCAUCGGCCAAGCAGUACUUCAGCCAGUUCAAGCACAUGGAUGAUCCGCUGGAGAUGGAGAGGAGCUUGCAACUGCGUAAGCACGCUCGGCGGGUCAUGGGUGCCAUUAACACUGUGGUGGAGAACCUCAAUGACUCCGAAAAGGUCUCCUCUGUUCUGGCCCUGGUGGGCAAGGCCCAUGCCCUCAAGCACAAAGUGGAGCCCAUCUACUUUAAGAAACUUACUGGUGUCAUGCUGGAGGUCAUUGCUGAAGAAUACGCCAACGACUUCACUCCGGAGGCACACGGUGCCUGGACCAAGAUGAGGACCCUCAUCUACACCCACGUGACGGCGGCGUACAAGGAGGUGGGCUGGGCGCAGUACCCCACCGCCACCCUGUGAGCAGCCGGCGGGGCCGGGCGAGGGGCAGGGAGGGCUUCGCUCACCCCAGGACUUCACUCUGGUCUCUUCUCAAGAUCUUCGCUCAGUCUGGGGAGCCCAGUAGGGCCAGCUCUGUUAGCUGCCACGUCACAAUUUGAUCUCCACGGGGUUUAAAAACAAACUAAAUAAGCCAAAAAAAAAA